AGACUGCUGACGGAGAGCGAGAAGAGGCCGUUCGUGGAGGAGGCAGAGCGACUGAGGGUUCAGCACAAGAAGGAUCAUCCGGAUUAUAAAUACCAGCCCAGGAGACGGAAGAGUGUGAAGCCGGGCCACGCCGAGUCUGAAGCCGGCUCCGAGCUGAUGCAGCACAUGUAUAAAGCGGAGCCGGGAAUGGGUCGACUGACUGGGUCACCGGACCACAUCACUGACCACACAGGUCAUACUCACGGUCCACCGACUCCUCCAACCACCCCCAAAACAGAGCAUCCUCAGGCCCCCAAACAGAACAUUGACUUCAGCAACGUGGACAUCUCCGAGCUCAGCACGGACGUCAUCGGCAACUUGACCUUUGACCUGCAGGAGUUUGACCAGUACCUGCCUCUGACCCCAGAUCAGGGCGCCUGCAGCCGGAGGGCGCCCCCUGCUGGAGCACACCUGCACCCACAGCGAGUGCACAUAAAGACGGAGCAGCGGAGCCCGCAGCACUACAGUGAGCACAGCAGCACGCUUUACAGCAGCAGCAGCGCACAGUGUGAAUACACAGAGCACAGCUUCUACAGCCCGUACUCCAGCUACCCGUACCCAUACCCAUACCUGCACAGGCCCAUACUCAACAUCCCCGCACCGCACAGCUCCUCUGCACACUGGGACCCCCCCGUCUACACCACUCUGUCCAGACCCUAGACCACUGGGGCUCAGGGACAGCAUUUGCUGAAGGGCUUUGUGCCAAAACAACCACAUCAUAAAGAGGGAUGCAAUGAAGAGUCGGCCGUCAGAAACACUACUGGGCGAAAACGCAUUUUAGGGACACAGAAUUGAGCUGUUCAGCUGUAAUGAUCACUGUAAUGAGGGACUGCAUUUGCCCAGCAGCAGCAUUUUGAGAGGGUUCGCCAAGUUCAGCAGGCAAACAUGGUUUUGGACUAAAGAGAAACAUGUUUGUAGGAGCUGAUGAUAGGGUUGUGCUGUACUGCACUGCUCAGCACGCUGGUUUCACUCAGCUGUAGACACGGGCUGUGUUCAAAAUCACAUACUUCACUACUACAUAGUAUGUGAGCUGAGGAGUAUGUCAGAAUUAAUAGCAUUGGAUCAGUAGGCGAGUCUUAAAAAUAACACAUUUACAACACAAAGUUCUAUACAUGCACAGCACAGUUCACAUCUACAACACCAAGUGUGUACACUCGAAAAUACACAAGUGCAGUUCCUUUAAAACAUUUCAUGAAUAUGCAAAUCCAGUUUGUAAAUUAAAAAUAAUUCACAAAUCUGCAAAUCCAGUUAUUAAAUUUAAAACUAUUCCUAAAGAUGCAAAUCCAGUUCAUAAAAAAUAAUUCAUAAAUAUGCAAAGCCAGUUCAUAAAUAUAAAAAAAAUCUUAAAUAUUCAAAUCCAGUUCAUAAAUAAAAAA